UGUAGUUUACUUGGCCUUGCUUAUCAAUGUUUAGGCAUGUGCUGCCUUUGGCUGUCUUUAGGGCGUAGCCUGCUGUCACUGCCAUGUAAAAAUACACUUUAACGUGUUUGAACUCAAAGACACGACUUUGGUGUAGUAAACUGUAACUUUAAAUGUCGCUGAAGGAGGAAGCGGAAGAUAUGGUCAGCGAACUUUGACUGUGGAAAACGUCAAUAAUUGUCAUUUAGCGGACGGUCAAAUGUUUGCUAAAGAACGACAAGAUUUGAAGAACAAAUAUCUCCAAAAAGGCUCGAUGGACUUCACCAAAAUUAACUCUUUCGAAACUUUCACGGAGGUGUGGAGUCAUUACGGCUAUGGAGAAAACUUGGAGGACUUGCUUGAACGGGAGUUCGCUCGACUUAAAGGUACUGUAUAUCUGGAUCAUGCAGCAAGUACUCUCUACCCACAAUCUCUGGUCACGGAUUACUGCCUGGACAUUUCAAGGAACGUCUAUGGAAACCCUCACAGCCACAACCUCAGCAGCAGGUUAACACAUGACACCGUGGAAAGGGUCAGGUACAGGAUAUUGCAGCAUUUCAACACCACCCCGGAGGAGUACUCUGUGAUUUUUACUUCGGGCUGUACAGCCGCUCUCAAAUUAGUGGCAGAGGGCUUCCCCUGGAGGCCGCAGACAGAGGGCGAGGCAGGAAGUCACUUCUGCUACCUUACUGACAACCACACAUCUGUUGUUGGCAUAAGAGGACUAACAUCUGACUGGGGAGUGGUUAUUCUCCCGGUCUACCCCCAAGAGGUGCUAAAUAGGUCAAAAGAUGAGACUCAAGGUGAAAAUACGGUUUGUCAGACGCCACAUCUCUUCUGCUACCCAGCGCAGAGCAACUUCUCUGGGAGGAAAUAUCCCCUUAGCCAUGUAAAAGGCAUCCAGGCCAAGCGUCUUUACCCAGCAUGUGACCAUCCAGGCCAAUGGUUUGUGUUGCUGGAUGCUGCCUCGCUUGUCAGCUGUUCCCCGCUAAACCUACAAGACUGCCCUGCCGAUUUCAUUCCCAUUUCCUUCUACAAGAUAUUUGGCUUCCCUACAGGUCUGGGGGCCCUUCUUGUCCGCAACCACGCAGCAAGCAUGCUAAAAAAGACUUAUUUUGGGGGAGGCACAGCAGCAGCUUACCUUUCUGGAGAAGAUUAUUACGUGCAGGCUGCAAACAUUCCUGACAGAUUUGAAGAUGGCACAGUCUCCUUUUUGGACAUCAUUGCUCUCAACCACAGCUUUGAAACUCUUUACAGAAUCACUGGGUGCAUGCUGAACAUACAGCAGCACACAUUUGGCUUGGCACGCUACACUUACUUGCUUCUGUCAAGUCUUUGCCAUGGCAACAGGCGACCAGUGGCCCAGAUGUACACUCAUGGCCAGUUUGAGAGUCCAAGCACACAAGGCGCAAUCUUAAACUUCAACCUAAUGGACUGUCAUGGAAAAAUAAUUGGAUAUUCUCAGGUGGACAGAAUGGCAAGUUUGUACAACAUCCAUGUACGUACUGGUUGCUUCUGCAACACCGGAGCUUGUCAGAGCUUCCUUGGCAUUACAAAUCAGCAAAUGAAGAGAAACUUACAAGCUGGCCACGUCUGCGGAGACACCCUUGACUUGGUGGAUGGGCAGCCAACCGGAUCUGUCCGCGUGUCCUUUGGCUACAUGUCAACCUUUGACGACUGUCAAAAGUUCCUGAGCUUUGUUGCUGAGUGCUUUGUGGAGAAACCAGUGACAGUAGACCAAGCCAGACUAGAAAGCCUUAAAGCUGCAAAAGCACCAAAGGAAGAGACUACAGUCAAUAUCACUGAAGUAACACGGAAAGACCAAGAAAAGGAGCAAAUUACAGAAUCUUCACGAAGGGGAUUUAAACUUGUAUGUCCAGGCAGCCAUCACGGAGCUUAUACAUUGACCAACAUCUACGUAUAUCCCAUCAAAUCCUGUGGCGCAUUUGAGGUCCACAACUGGCCAGUAGGACCUCAGGGUUUACUGUAUGACAGAGGCUGGAUGGUGGUAAAUGGAAAUGGGGUGUGCCUGAGUCAGAAAAGAGAACCACGUCUAUGCCUCAUUCGCCCACAAGUCAGUCUGUCUUCAAAUGAGUUGCUUUUGCAGGCGACAGGAAUGGAUGAUACCAUUUCAGUUCCACUGGAAAUCCGAACUGGAAUGGACGCAAGCUCUCCGGUGUGUCAGAGUAAAGUUUGUGGUGAUAGAGUAGAGACUGUGGACUGUGGUGAUGGGGCUGCGUCGUGGCUUUCAGACUUUCUUGGACAGCCAUGCCGUCUGAUAAGACAAAGUCCCAAUUUCACUCGAGGCAUGAAAAAGAAGUUUGAUACAGCCAUCAGCUCAUCGUCGCUCUCACUGGUGAAUGAAGCACAGUAUCUCAUGAUCAAUCGUGCCAGUGUGGAGCUCAUUCACAAAGUAAUGAGCAGCAGGGAAGACGAGUCCGAGCUCGACACACAAAACAUCAUCAGUCGGUUCCGAGCCAAUUUCGUCAUUGCAGGGGCUGAAGCAUUUGAGGAGGAAAAUUGGUCAGGCUUGAUUAUUGGCAACAUUCAAUUCACGGUCGGAGGUCAAUGUGUUCGUUGCCAAAUGGUUGGAAUAGACCAGAACACUGGGAGCAAAACCAAAGAGCCACUUAUUUCUCUUUCAAGCCAACGCACUGGAAAGGUGACAUUUGGCGUGUACCUCGUCCAUCAUUUGCCAGAAGGGUCCACUAAAGCCGGUGUCUUGUGCACUGGAUCCAUGUGCUUCAUAAACUGCACCACAAACACGCAAGACGUGCCUGUGACAUUGGGAGGAUUUCUGACAUGAUACCUGUCAAGUGUGCAGAAAUCUUCUUUUUUAUUUGCUAGGUUUUACUUUGUCGAUAUCCACAAUCCUUGAGAUGCCAGUUCUUAAAGCAAACCAGCCAAAAUAAAUGAGUGUACUGUCAUUUCCUAACUAUAGAGCGCACCUAAAUAUAAGUCACACCCACUUAAUUUUUGGGGAAAAAAAUGUUGUACAUAACAAUCAAAGUUUAUUCAUAUAGCCCUUAAUCCCAAAUGCCUCAAAGGGCUUCACAAACCACAAUGACAUCCUCGGCUUUGAUCCCACAUCUGGUCAAGAAAAAACUCAACCCAAUGUGGGAACAAUUUCCCUGGUGACCGGUGAAAUGGAUGCUGAUGUAAUAUUGGCUGCACACAUCUGUAUGAUGCAGGUGUAUAUAUAAAAACAUGAAAAGUGUUCAUUCACAAAGAUCAUGUCCCAAAGAAAUCCUAAAAUUACUGUUGUGCAGCAUUCAUUAAGCGUCAGGGUUCAAAACGUGACAAAAAAAGUUGUGGUUUAUAUAGUCCGAAAAUUACAUUACUUUCUGUGUCAGCACGAGUCUAUAUAAUAUAUUGUAAAGUAUUUUACGUGAGUUGUUUUUUCACUCAAGUGUUGUGAAAUAAAGCAGGUGUAGGAUUUUAUUCACAUGGCAAACACUGUCGAUCCUGAUGCAAUCAUUGGUGCUCAUUUUUCUUCAUUUAUUCUUCCUCUUAUUCCCGAGGAGAUUAACACACUUUUUAUUCCAACCACACCUUUCAGUACCGGUAAUCCAAGGCAGCGUUUUCCUAAUCAUGAAGAAAACUACCAGACUUCUCUAUGUCCUACUCAUACAUGUAUUGCCAAAACAUGUGUGAAUGGGGAUUAAAAGAAGUGCAGCACAGUAUCAGGCCUGGUAAAAAAUACAUUUAUGAAAAUAUUUGUCUUAGGGAUGGUGUGGCGAAGUUGGUAGAGUGGCCGUGCCAGCAAUCGGAGGGUUGCUGGUUACUGGGGUUCAAUCCCCACCUUCUACCGUCCUAGUUACGUCCGUUGUGUCCUUGGGCAAGACACUACACCCCUUGCUCCUGAUGGCUGCUGGUUAGCGCCUUGCAUGGCAGCUCCCGCCAUGAAUAGGUGAAUGUGGAAAUACUGUCAAAGCGCUUUGAGAACCUUGAAGGUAGAAAAGUGCUAUACAAGUAUAACCCAUUUAUCGUUUAUUUAUUUAGUCUUACAAUACUACAAAUACACUAUGCAAUUUUGUCCCAAGGAUAUAUUUUAUUUUCAAACCAGGCUCGUCCUCUAUGUAUGGUAUUGCUGCUCAAUGUGUGCAAUGUCACAUUGCAUAGACUAAACAGCAAUUCUCAAACUGUGGUACAUGUACUCUAUCUAGUGGUAUGUCAAAUAAUCACUUAAAUAAAUAUUCGAAGACAGUCCAACUGUCCAAAUUGUGUGUAAUGUUACAGUUGACUAUGUAUUAAAUGUAAUUGGUAAAUGAAA